CAGUACAUUCAGUACUUGAGCAUUCAGAGAAGGCAGGGUGGAUAGGGCUGCUGUCACCUGUCUCCCAAGUUUAUAUUCUGUUUUGCCUUCAUUUGGAAUAAGACAGAGGCGCAGCAGACAUGGUGUAAGAGCUAUUGGUCGGCAGUACUGGAGAUAAGCAGCAACAAAGCCAGAACACGUACUGUAGCUAACGAUUUAUCGAAGGAAAAUUUUCACAAAAUGUAUUUCUAAAAAAAGCUCAUUAAAACAAAAUCAUUCUAGCUGUAAGACUACGGUUCGGAAGAGUUGGCAAGAAGAUACAACUUGGGGCUAGCUCUAAGCUGACUAGCUCUAAACAGGUAAAAAUAGAAGAUAGGUGUUAUUUUUGUAACUUAAAGACUAUCGAUAUUUCUAAUUAACAAACGGCUGCCGGUGCAAGCGACUUCACGUUUGGUCAACUUGGAUCCUUCUUCAGCUGGGGAGGCUCUUUAAAGUCGGAAGACAUGGAAUCAACAAAAGCUGGAGGUGUGAUAGCGUACAUCAGCUCCUCCAGCUCGGCCUCCAGCCCGGAGUCCUGCCACAGCGACAGCUCCAACGGCAGCUACCAGUCCUCCUCCCCCCCUCUCCCAGCGUCCCCGGGCCAGAGGGGUGACCUGUUGGCUGACAGCUGUGUGAGCAGCGGAGUCCAGGGCCACAGCCGUCACCACUCCGCCACCAAGCCGGGCCGUUCGUCCUCCGCUGCCAAGUGUGGAAUUACAAAGAUAAAUGGCAUGGUUCUUCUCUGUAAGGUGUGUGGAGAUGUUGCAUCGGGGUUCCACUACGGUGUUCAUGCCUGUGAGGGAUGUAAGGGUUUUUUCAGACGGAGCAUCCAACAAAAUAUCCAGUAUAAGAAGUGCCUUAAGAAUGAAAACUGUCCAAUAAUGCGAAUAAACAGGAACCGAUGCCAGCAAUGCCGAUUUAAAAAGUGUUUAUUAGUUGGAAUGUCCAGAGAUGCUGUUCGAUUUGGCCGCAUCCCAAAGAGGGAAAAGCAGCGCAUGCUGCUGGAGAUGCAGAGCGCCAUGAACAGCAUUAUGAACAGCAGUCAGCUCCAUGGACAGGCGCUGGCCAAUGAGGCUGUUCCCGAACAUGCACGGGAUUCUCUCUCCUCGUUGCCCCCCUCAUCCGCCCCCUCUGUCCUCGAGGAGCCCCAACCAGACCCGGAACCCGUCCAGCCCAGCCUGGAUGAGAUGGAGACGGCUCCGACGCCCUCGUCCUCUAGUUCUGACAGUGGCGAGGAAGAGGUCAUCGGGAGUGUCACCAGGGCCCACAAGGAGACCUUCAUGUAUAACCAGGAGCAGCCGAGUCCAUGUGGUGAAGAUCUGACUUCUCUGAAUGGGGGAGAGAGGGUAAGUGAUAGCACAGAGGAGAAGCAAGGAAGCUGGUACAACAGGAACGCCCACAGCAGCUUUGGUGGCUACCACCAUUUGGCCAGCAGGAACCCACAUAUAAACAACGGACUUCCUAGAAAGGAUUCAUUGGCUUACUGUCCCGUCAGGCAAGUUAAUGGACUCGCCAGUGGCUGCUGCCCAGGCUAUACAAACAGUUUUUCCCUUAAAAGCCAGGAAGACCAUGAUCAAACAGCCAGCAGGAGUUUCAGUGGACCUGUGUGGAGUGGGGGAAACAGGAUGUACUUGGUCUGUCCAAUGAGUAUGUCUCCCUAUGUUGACCCACGCAAGUCAGGCCACGAUAUUUGGGAGGAAUUUUCCAUGAGCUUCACCCCAGCUGUGCGAGAGGUGGUGGAGUUCGCCAAACGCAUCCCCGGAUUCCGAGAUCUCUGUCAGCAUGACCAAGUCAGCCUGCUGAAGGCUGGCACUUUUGAGGUUUUAAUGGUACGUUUUGCAUCCUUGUUCGAUGCUAAAGACCGUACAGUCACUUUCCUAAGUGGGAAAAAGUACAGCGUGGAUGCACUGCGUUCCAUGGGGGCAGGAGACUUGCUGAACUCAAUGUUUGAGUUCAGUGAGAAACUGCUUGCUCUGCAGCUCAGUGAGGAGGAAAUGAGCCUGUUCACUGCAGUCGUUCUGGUUUCUGCUGAUCGUUCAGGGAUCGAGAAUGUGAACUCGGUGGAAGCACUGCAGGAAACUCUUAUCAGGGCACUCAGAACCUUAAUCAUGAAAAACCACCCGAACGAGGCCUCUAUCUUUACCAAACUUCUUUUGAAGCUACCUGAUUUGCGCUCCUUGAACAACAUGCACUCAGAGGAACUGCUAGCCUUCAAAGUUCAUCCAUAGACCAUACAGUUCUGUCUCUGGACCCUUCUACUACAUUCAAAUUCAAUUAUUUUGUUGUAUAUUUUAUUAUGUAGAAUGUUACUAUUUAUGUGCAUACUUAACAUUUUCCUUCACAAUUUCUUUGUGGAAAAAGUGUGUUAAGAGGCAAGACUGAAUAUCUCUGUACUGUAUGGCUUAUCUGCCUAUUGCAGAAACUCAGAAACACGCACAAAAGUCUAUGCGUGUGUGCUGUUUGCAAGGACAAAACUCUUAAGAAGCACCUUUUUUGUUGAAAGAAAAGCUGUAUACAAUAUGAGUGCAAUAUGUGACCAUUUUUGUCUUUUUUUUGUUGUCUUUGUUUAGUUACAGAGAGAGGUAUAUUAUUAUCGAAUUGUGUUGCACACCACCAUAGUUAAUGUUUCCAGGCAUGAUGAGGUUGAUAUACAGUAGAUGUUCAAAAGACAGAUUGUGCCUAAUGAAACCUCGCAUAAUGCCUGGCCAGUAAUGGCGCUUAGUAAUGUUUUACCCCUCAAAAAAUUAAAUAAUAGAAUGUGGUAUUUGCUGCUAAUGCAUGGCUAUCCUGUUUGAUCAGAUCUUGUGAAUGUUUUCUGCCUGUUCUCCAUAGAAAGCUGAUCUGCCAGCAAUUUAAAGUAGUUGGAUUUUAUCCCACAACGGGAAGAUACAUGACAUUUCUCUUUUAUUUCAGUUGGUAGUAAUGGUGCAAUUGUGUAUUGUAUUGUUAUUAUUGAUAGUGUUUUUGGGAAGCUACGACGUUCUUUAAAUAGGAAAGAGAUCUCACAAUCCUAAAACCUUGAUCAGCAGUAUUGAAUUCUACCACAUGCAUAGAGCAA